GCAGCUGAAGUUAGGAAGCAGAUCUCUGGGCAAUACAGUGGUUCUCCCCAGCUACUCAAAAACCUGAACAUUGUUGGCAAUAUAUCCCAUCACACCACAGUGCCCCUCACCGAAGCAGUGGAUCCAGUGGAUUUGGAAGAUUACCUCAUUACUCAUCCUUUAGCUGUGGAUUCUGGGCCUUUACGGGAUUUGAUUGAAUUUCCUCCAGAUGAUAUUGAAGUUGUUUAUAGUCCAAGGGACUGCAGAACCCUUGUUUCAGCUGUACCUGAAGAAAAUGAAAUGGAUCCACAUGUUAGAGAUUGUAUAAGAAGUUAUACAGAAGACUGGGCAAUUGUGAUCAGAAAAUAUCAUAAACUGGGAACAGGAUUUAAUCCCAAUACAUUAGAUAAACAGAAAGAAAGGCAAAAAGGUUUGCCAAAGCAGGUCUUUGAAUCUGAUGAAGUUCCAGAUGGCAACAACUACCAGGAUGAGCAAGAUGAUCUUAAAAGACGUUCAAUGUCAAUAGAUGAUACUCCAAGAGGUAGCUGGGCCUGCAGUAUCUUUGACUUGAAAAAUUCACUUCCUGAUGCUUUGCUUCCCAAUUUACUUGAUCGAACUCCUAAUGAAGAAAUAGAUCGUCAGAAUGAUGACCAAAGGAACUCAAAUCGUCACAAGGAACUAUUUGCUUUGCAUCCAUCACCAGAUGAGGAAGAACCAAUAGAACGGCUUAGUGUUCCUGAUGUACCUAAAGAACAUUUUGGUCAAAGACUUCUUGUAAAAUGCUUAUCACUCAAGUUUGAGAUUGAAAUUGAACCCAUUUUUGCCAGUUUGGCUUUAUAUGACGUCAAGGAAAAGAAAAAGAUUUCAGAAAACUUUUAUUUUGACCUUAAUUCUGACCAGAUGAAAGGAUUGUUACGUCCCCAUGUACCACCUGCUGCCAUUACCACCUUGGCAAGAUCAGCUAUUUUUUCUAUCACUUAUCCUUCCCAAGAUGUUUUUCUUGUAAUAAAGCUAGAAAAAGUCCUUCAGCAAGGAGACAUUGGAGAGUGUGCAGAACCAUAUAUGAUUUUCAAAGAAGCAGAUGCCAGCAAGAAUAAGGAAAAAUUGGAGAAGCUGAAAAGUCAAGCUGAUCAGUUUUGCCAAAGACUUGGGAAGUAUCGUAUGCCUUUUGCUUGGACUGCCAUCCAUUUAAUGAAUAUUGUCAGCAGUGCUGGGAGUUUGGAAAGAGAUUCCACAGAAGUAGAAAUCAGUACUGGAGAACGAAAAGGAUCUUGGUCAGAGAGGAGAAAUUCUAGUAUUGUUGGCAGACGAUCACUUGAAAGGACAACAAGUGGUGAUGAUGCUUGUAAUUUGACCAGCUUUCGACCUGCUACUCUCACAGUGACAAAUUUUUUUAAGCAGGAAGGUGACCGUUUAAGUGAUGAAGAUUUGUACAAAUUCCUUGCUGAUAUGAGAAGGCCAUCCUCUGUCUUACGGCGUCUAAGACCUAUUACAGCUCAGCUGAAGAUAGACAUUUCUCCUGCACCUGAAAAUCCCCAUUAUUGCCUAACUCCGGAGCUGCUUCAAGUGAAGCUUUACCCUGACAGUAGAGUUAGACCUACCAGAGAAAUUUUAGAGUUUCCUGCCAGGGAUGUUUACGUUCCAAACACUACUUAUAGAAAUCUUCUCUACAUAUACCCUCAGAGUCUUAAUUUUGCCAAUCGUCAAGGUUCUGCCAGAAAUAUAACAGUGAAAGUCCAGUUUAUGUAUGGGGAGGAUACAAGCAAUGCCAUGCCGGUAAUCUUUGGUAAAUCUAGCUGUUCAGAAUUUUCAAAGGAAGCCUAUACAGCCGUAGUAUAUCAUAACAGGUCUCCUGAUUUUCAUGAAGAAAUCAAGGUUAAACUCCCUGCUACCUUAACUGACCAUCAUCACUUGCUUUUUACUUUUUAUCAUGUUAGUUGUCAACAAAAACAAAAUACUCCUCUUGAAACCCCAGUUGGAUAUACAUGGAUACCAAUGCUUCAGAAUGGACGGUUGAAGACUGGCCAGUUUUGUCUACCAGUCUCACUGGAAAAACCACCACAGGCUUAUUCUGUGCUGUCUCCAGAGGUUCCUCUACCUGGCAUGAAAUGGGUAGAUAAUCACAAAGGUGUUUUUAAUGUUGAAGUUGUUGCUGUUUCAUCUAUUCAUACACAAGAUCCCUAUCUUGACAAGUUUUUUGCUCUGGUCAAUGCUCUGGAUGAACACAUGUUCCCAGUCCGAAUUGGGGACAUGCGAAUAAUGGAAAAUAACUUAGAAAAUGAAUUGAAAAGUAGUAUUUCAGCAUUGAAUUCAUCUCAGUUGGAACCAGUGGUCCGAUUUCUUCAUCUUCUGCUUGAUAAGCUGAUACUUUUAGUUGUUAGACCUCCUGUCAUUGCUGGCCAAAUAGUUAAUCUAGGUCAAGCAUCUUUUGAAGCCAUGGCAUCAAUUAUAAAUCGACUUCAUAAAAAUUUGGAAGGAAAUCAUGACCAGCAUGGCAGAAACAGCCUUCUUGCAUCAUAUAUCUAUUAUGUUUUUCGCUUACCAAAUACAUAUCCUAAUUCACCAUCGCCAGGUCCUGGGGGUUUGGGAGGAUCAGUGCAUUAUGCCACAAUGGCUAGAUCUGCUGUGAGACCUGCAAGCCUUAAUUUAAAUCGUUCUCGGAGCCUUAGUAAUAGUAAUCCAGAUAUAUCUGGGACUCCCACGUCACCAGAUGAUGAAGUCCGGUCAAUCAUUGGCAGUAAGGCUAUGGAUCGAAGUUGUAAUCGUAUGUCUUCGCACACAGAGACUUCAAGUUUCUUACAAACAUUAACGGGACGCUUACCAACUAAAAAGCUUUUUCAUGAGGAGCUGGCUUUGCAGUGGGUUGUUUGCAGUGGCAGCGUUCGGGAAUCAGCUUUGCAACAAGCCUGGUUCUUUUUUGAGUUAAUGGUAAAGAGCAUGGUGCACCAUUUAUAUUUCAACGAUAAACUUGAUGCUCCAAGGAAAAGUCGUUUUCCAGAACGUUUCAUGGAUGACAUUGCUGCUCUUGUCAGCACCAUUGCUAGUGAUAUAGUUUCACGAUUUCAGAAGGACACAGAAAUGGUUGAGAGACUCAAUACAAGUCUUGCAUUCUUUCUCAAUGAUCUGUUGUCUGUUAUGGACAGAGGAUUUGUCUUUAGCCUUAUAAAGUCCUGCUAUAAACAGGUAUCUUCAAAGCUUUAUUCAUUACCAAAUCCGAGUGUCCUGGUAUCCUUGAGGUUGGAUUUUCUGCGAAUUAUUUGCAGUCAUGAGCACUAUGUUACAUUAAACUUACCUUGCAGCUUACUUACUCCACCUGCAUCUCCAUCACCUUCAGUUUCUUCUGCAACAUCUCAGAGUUCUGGAUUUUCCACAAAUGUACAAGAUCAGAAAAUUGCAAAUAUGUUUGAGUUGUCUGUGCCUUUCCGCCAACAGCAUUAUUUGGCAGGACUUGUGUUAACAGAACUGGCUGUCAUUUUAGACCCUGAUGCUGAUGGACUGUUUGGAUUGCAUAAGAAAGUCAUCAAUAUGGUACACAAUUUACUAUCCAGUCAUGACUCAGACCCACGGUACUCUGACCCUCAGAUAAAGGCUCGGGUGGCCAUGUUGUAUCUACCCCUGAUUGGUAUUAUCAUGGAAGCUGUACCUCAGCUGUAUGAUUUUACAGAAACUCACAAUCAACGAGGAAGACCAAUUUGUAUAGCUACUGAUGAUUAUGACAGUGAGAGUGGAAGCAUGAUAAGCCAGACAGUUGCCAUGGCAAUUGCAGGAACAUCAGUCCCUCAGCUAACACGGCCUGGCAGUUUCCUCCUCACGUCAACG